CUCAGCCCAAAGGGGCGGUGCAAAGGAAAGGCGGAAGUCAGCUGAUGGUGGAAAUGUAGCAGACAUGGCGCCUGUUACAAUGCUGAUGUGUUGUUUAAUUGCAUUGAUCCCCGGCUUGGUGCGGCCACACGACUCGUACCGCAGACAGGUGACGUUCGAGUACAACCCAGGAAGGAACAGUUCGGCCGCCGCCCCCAACGUGCUCCACGUCCGGGCCGUGGGCCGCGCCGACACCAUCCACUAUGUGUGGAGUUCGCUCGGUGCCCCCACCGUGCUACUUGUCCACACCAACAGCCCCAAUACAUCCCUAUACAUCAACUGGACCAGCCUGCAGCUGCCCCAUCCCAGCGGGGCCCUGCGUAUCGAACCCGCCGCCGCCGUGCGCUACUCCACCGCCAUCGUCUUCUCCCGGCUCUGGGAAUAUGAUGAUGUGAAUGACACGGCCGACCUGUCGCGGGCGCCGCCGGACAGUUUCUACCCGCCCUACCUGCUGCAGGACUUCACGUGGGACGAUGCUAACGCCACCUUGGACCACAACGCGCUGACCGCCCAACUACGUGGCCGCAACGUGUCCGCGCCGCUCUUCGCCAACGCCAGCGUCACCUUCAGGAUCGCGGCGUUCGAGGGAUCGGGCCGGGACCCGGAGCUGCCUCGUCUCCUCCACUCGGCCAACUGCUCCAAGCUGGAGUUCAGCAUCGAGGGGCUGCGGCCGCGGGGUAACUUCUCCCGCUUCGGUCUGGAGCUGCUGGUGUUGGAGGGAGCGGGCAGCGAGCGGCGGCUGCGUGUCCGCUCCGCCAUCGACGAUGAGAGAUACACACGCCCGGGGUGCGUCUUCAAGGUAUCAGAGAGCUGCUAUCGUUCCGAGACAACGCCAGUCGCGUCUCCAGUUUCCUUCAGUGGAAACCCGUGGCUUAUGGCGCCCGACGACCGCGCCGCAGCGACUCCAUGCAGACCCACAACUCGGCGCUGCGGCCCCCGCGAAUCCCGGCAGCGUCUCCCCGUCGCCAGCAUCGCCUUCGCCUUCAUCGGCACCGAACCCGGGCCCCGCACCGCCCGCCUCGCCGCGCUCAACGUGUCCUUCGGCAGCCCGGGACAGAGGCUGUACAGAGAGCACCUCUACCUCAGGGGAGCCGCCACGGGACUGGUUCUCGGUGCUGGUUGUGGCGGGGGGUUGAUGGCGGUGGGGCUCGGGUUACCGGCGCUCGGGCUGUUGGUGGGAUGUCUGGUCGUCAACAUUGUCCGCCGGCGGCGAGAUCUCACCGGCUACCGGCCCAUCAACUAGCGGCCGCCGCCGUUGCCGCUGCCUGACCUCCGGUCUAUGCUGGAAACGGACCCCGGUGAUUCAGACACCACCCUCCCCGCCCCCCC